AUGGAUUUGCCUGAACCGAUACAUGAUUUUCUUUUAGUCUUUCUGGGAUCGGGUCUUAUAUUAGGAAGUCUAGGAGUAAUAUUACUUACCAACCCAAUUUUUUCUGCUUUUUCGUUGGGACUGGUUCUUGUUUGUAUAUCUUUAGUCUAUAUUUUAUCAAACUCCCAUUUUGUAGCUGCAUCGCAGCUACUUAUUUACGUGGGCGCUAUAAAUGUUUUAAUCAUAUUUGCUGUAAUGUUCAUGAAUAGGUCAGAAUAUUACCAAGAUUUUCGUCUUUGGACCAUUGGGGAUGGAAUUACUUUGAUGGUUUGUACAAGUAUUUUUGUUUCACUAAUAACUACUAUUCCAGAUACAUCAUGGUACGGGAUUAUUUGGACUGUGAGACCAAAUCAGAUUAUAGAACAAGAUUUUAUAAGUACUAGUCAACAAAUUGGAAUUCAUUUAUCAACAGAUUUUUUUCUUCCAUUUGAACUCAUUUCCAUAAUUCUUUUAGCUGCUUUGAUAGGUGCAAUUGUUGUGGCUCGCCAGAGUUGGUCAAUGAUGUUCGAGCAUGUACUUAUUUUGAGUGCCUAUUUAUUUUCUAUGGGUAUCUAUGGAUUAAUCACGAGUCGAAAUAUGGUUAGAGCCCUUAUGUGUCUUGAACUUAUACUGAAUGCAGUUAAUAUAAAUUUCGUAACCUUUUCUGAUUUUUUUGAUAGUCGCCAAUUAAAAGGAAAUAUUUUUUCAAUUUUUGUUAUAGCUGUUGCAGCCGCUGAAGCAGCUAUCGGACCUGCUAUUGUUUCCUCAAUUUAUCGUAACAAAAAAUCAACCCGUAUGAAUCAAUUGAAUUUGUUGAAUAAAUAGUAUUGAUUAUAAUAAAUCAUAAAAAGUAGAAUUUAGAAUGAAUAGUGUAAUAUUUAUCAAUUCAAAUUAGCAUGUAUGAUACGCAACUUAGAAUCAUGUUUGUGAAAAUAAAUAAAAGAAAUCAAAGUAUUUUGGUCCUAUUCUCUUCUUAUGAAUUGAUCUAUAAGUCUAUUUUUAUUAGCAAAAUUCUGAUAAAUCAUUGAUUCAUCUGGUGUCUAAAUAUAGAAUUCAUUUACGAGUUUACUAGAUCGAAAAUUUUCAAUUUUUGAUGUUCAAAGAUUUCUAUAGAUUCAAUGUCACAUUCAGUAAAGAUUUAUGAUACAUGUAUAGGAUGUACUCAAUGUGUUCGAGCCUGCCCCACAGAUGUAUUAGAAAUGAUACCUUGGGACGGAUGUAAAGCUAAGCAAAUUGCUUCUGCCCCAAGAACAGAGGACUGUGUUGGUUGUAAGAGGUGUGAAUCCGCCUGUCCGACGGAUUUCUUAAGUGUUCGAGUUUAUUUAUGGCAUGAGACAACUCGAAGCAUGGGUCUAGCUUAUUGAUACGUUUCAAAAAACACCACACAAAUACGUUUUUUUUUACUGACAAAAACCCGCGCUCAAAAUAGAAAAAAAAUUGCUUUUCUAUUUUGAGCGCGGGUUUUUCUGGUCUAAG